UCUAUUCAUUAAAAUUAUUCUUAAUUUAACAGGGAAAAUGGAAAAUUAUGGAUGCCGACUACUCGAAGUUUGAUAUGUUCAGAUCAUUUUGUAGGAAACAUACGAUCUAAAGAUCCACAAAGUCCAUCUUAUAUUCCAUCUAUUUUUCCAAAAAUGUACAAUAAACCUAAACCCAAUACUGAUCAACAAAUUAAUAGAUACAACCGUUCUAGAAAUCGGUCAGAAUUAAGAAAUAGUAAAGCUAUGAAUGAUUCUACCAUCAACACAUUUGAUGUUGAUAUUACUGAUAUUAAUGUAGACCAACAUUCUAAUUUAAACACUAAAUGUGAUGUUAGUACCUAUUCAGCAAUCAGUGUGUUAUUUAGAAUCAAUCCUUCUACAGUUUCAAGAAUAUUUACUGAAUGUCUUCAUUUUUUAAGUUCAAAGACUAAAGACUUUAUUUUUUGGCCCGAUAAAUAUUCAGUAAAACAAUGUUUACCUGAAGCUUUUAAAAUAAAUUAUCCAGAUUGCAGAUGUAUUAUUGAUUGUACUGAAGUUAAGGUCGAGCAACCAAAUACUGUAGAACAACGGGUUUAUUUAUAUUCAAGAUAUAAAAGUAGUUAUACAAUAAAAUUUCUUGUGGCAAUCAACCCAAAUGGAAUGAUUUGUUUUGUUUCAAAAUGUUAUGGUGGUAGGUCAAGUGACUCAUAUAUUACAAACGAUUCAGGAUUUUUAAAAAAAUUAGAACCCGGUGAUCAGGUACUUGCUGACAAAGGGUUUCCUGGCAUACAAACUGAAAUUGAAAAUAGUAACAGUAUUUUAAUUAUGCCACCAAUAUUGCAUAAUGGCCGUUUUUCCGAGACAGAAAUACUGGAAACAUAUAGUAUAGCUAGUGUUCGUAUACACAUUGAAAGGGUCUUUGCACGAAUGAAAAUGUAUGGUAUCCUUAAUAAAUUAAAAAUUAACCUUCUUCCCCAUGUUGAUGAUAUUGUACAUAUAUGUUGCGUUUUAACCAAUCUGCAAUUACCUAUAAUUAAGUCUUAA